AUGGAUGCCCUAAAGGACCAAGGGGUUCAAAAUAUGCCAAACUGGAAACAAUGGAACCAAAUGGAGGGUUGGUUUGCUUGGCAUUAUUCACAGAGUUCCGCCACUGAUGCGAUUUUCACUGGUAAAUGGUUUUUCUUAUACUUUAGACAAUGUGUAGGACAUUUUGCGGUUACAGGCGUCUCUGGUUCUCAUUCAAAGAAAAGAAGCAAGGAUGCUCGGUCGGGCAUAAUUGAAGCCAUUCCUGAAAGAAAACCAAGUUCUCAUUCAAAGAAAAGAAGCAAGGACGCUCGGUUGGACAUAAUUGAAGCCAUUCCUGAAACAGAACCAAGUCUUGAAGUCCUUGAUGAGUACGAUAAUGAAAACCAGCAGAUGGAAGAAGAAGGCAAGGAAUCUGGCCUGCCUAAUUUUAGAAGGUUCAAGAGAAGGUCUAACCAAAGUGCUUCAUAUACUACGAAUGAAGAUCGAGUCAUUAACCGCUUCUUCAAGCCACUAGGGCUCGGAUUUGAACAAGCACUCGGGACGUGGGCUGUAAAAAUAGCGAGGUGCGGCUGCAAUGGACUCCUGCCCUUAUCUGGAGCUGGUUGGACCAGUUACAUCUUUCAUCAUGACCUGAGUCUUUAUGGCAUGAUUUGGUUUGAAGAAACUAAUCAGAUGGUGUUCCAAACUCAUGUGUUUGAUAGGUCUGCUUGCGAGAAGAAAUUUCCUGACAAUUUGGCAUAG